GAUUUGCUCACCCCUCCGACCAAACAUCUUCUUUGUUUUGUAAAUUGAGCGCUUCUGGUAAUUAUCGUGGGGGCGCUCUCAGCCCAUAAUUGCUCUUUCUAAUUAAAGAUUUACAGAAAAGAAAUCGAAGCAUGUUGGUUUUGGUUUCUAUCAUUUUUGCUUUUCAGGUGGAGGAGCAAAGCCCUAAUUGAAAUUAGCUGAUCGUGAUAGUGACAGUUCCUUCUGAUUCGAAUCAUCAAUUUACAGAGUUGAAAGGCAGUUCAUUUCUCGUUAAUUUGAUGAACUUGGGGCACUAUGGCAACAUAUCCAGGAAAAGGAGCCCCUUCAAAUGGGUCUAUCUAUGUUUGCAACUUGCCUCAAGGGACUGAUGAGAAUAUGUUGGCUGAGUAUUUCGGCACUAUCGGGGUGCUAAAGAAAGACAAGAGAUCGGGUCGACCUAAGAUAUGGUUGUAUCGGGACAAAAUAACAAAUGAGCCGAAGGGGGAUGCUACAGUUACAUAUGAGGAUCCACAUGCUGCUCUAGCUGCUGUUGAAUGGUUCAACAACAAGGAUUUUCAUGGUAGUAUAAUUGGAGUUUUUAUGGCAGAGUCCAAAAGCAAAGAUGAUAACACUUAUAACUCUGGGGUUGAUCCAAAUGUUGCUGGCGAUUUUGGUGGGUUGGAGGAAAGCACUAUGAAUGGUGGCGAUGGUGGAAAAGGUAGAGGGAGGGGUGAUGCUUCAGGAAAAGCAUGGCAACAGGAGGGAGACUGGUUGUGUCCAAAUACAAGUUGUUCAAAUGUAAAUUUUGCAUUUCGUGGGGUUUGCAAUCGUUGCGGAAGUGCUAGACCUUCUGGUGUCUCUGGUGGAAGCGCAGGGGCUGGUGGUCGUGGGAGGGGUCGUGGUAGCCAAAACACCGCGGGUCAUGGUCGAUCAGCUACUGGUUCUACUGGACUUUUUGGUCCUAAUGACUGGCCUUGUCCUAUGUGUGGCAAUAUCAAUUGGGCAAAACGUACAAAGUGCAAUAUUUGCAACACCAAUAAACCUGGUCAUAAUGAGGGUGGUGUAAGAGGAGGAAGAGGUGGUGGUUACAAAGAACUUGAUGAAGAAGAAAUAGAAGAAACUAGGCGACGCCGAAAGGAAGCUGAAGAAGAUGAUGGUGAGCUCUAUGAUGAGUUUGGCAAUCUGAAGAAAAAGUUCCGUGUCAAGACCCAACAAGCUGAAUCUGGAAGGGUUCUUCCAGGUGCUGGUCGUGCGGGAUGGGAAGUUGAGGAAUUAGGUGUGGCUGACAGAGAUGCAAGGGAGAGAAGCAGGGAUGGCGGGAGGGAGCGGGAUGAUAGGGAAAGCAGCAAGAACAGAGAAUAUAAUGCUAGGGAUAGGCACAGAAGUAGAAGUAGAGAGCGGGAUAGGGGAAAAGAUAGAGACAGGGAGUAUGACUAUGACCGAGACAGAGAUUAUGGCCGUGACAGAGACCGAGAUAGGGACAGAGAUAGAGAUAGGUACCGUUAUUGAGGACUUCUGCAAGAAUUUCUGGCUUUGUUUGGCGUUCCACUUCAUAUGGAAGUGGUUGUUUUGGCAUUAUUCCUGGUGGAAAGGAUGUCUUCUUGAUCUUAAAAGUUUUGGCAUAGUUGGCAUUUUUGUGGUCUAAAAAACUGGAAGCUUAUGCUGCAAAGCAACUUUAAUGGAGUUAUUUAUUAUGUGCAUUUAGGACUUGUCAAUAGAUUGUUAUGGCACAGUGGACCCUUAUUGAACAAUGUUGUUAUGUUCAUCUCAUUUGAAAUACUUUGUUUAAACUUGAAAUACUUGGUUA